AUGUCGAUUUAUCGAGAAUUGAAAGAGCCUAAAGGACUGAUUCAAACGUCAAAGACCUCAUUGACAAGUUACACUGGUGAUAAACUUAAUGUUGUUGGCAAAUGCAUGUUGAAAUGUAUGAACAAACAGCUGAACUUUUUCGUGAGUGAAACAGAUCAGUAUCCUAUACUUGGUUUUCAAGCGUCACAAGAACUCGACAUAAUCAAGGUAGUGAUGGGUACUAAUAAAGAGGGAGAUUUUGAGGAGAAAUAUUCAGAGGUAUUCAAAGGCUUGGGGUGCCUGAAAGAGCCAUAUCACAUUGAAUUGGAUCCGGAGGUGUCAGCUGUAGUAAAUCCAGCGAGAAAAGUUCCUGUAGCAAUAAAAGGUCGUUUGAAGCUUGAGUUAGAAGAAAUGGAGAAGCAAGGAGUUAUUCGUAAAGUGGACAGACCGACUGACUGGGUAAAUUCAAUAGCAAUAGUGGAGAAACCAGGAACGGGGAGAUUACGAAUAUGCCUGGACCCGAAGCAUCUAAAUGAAGCGAUCAGAUGGGAACAUUUCCAAUUACCAACGGUAGAAGAAAUAGCGUCUCGGGUAUCUGGUGCAAAAGUGUUCUCCAAAUUAGAUGCAAAACAUGGGUAUUGGCAGAUACCAUUGGAUGAGCCAAGCCAACUCCUAACGACGUUCAGUACACUGUUUGGCAAAUAUUGCUUCAUGAGAAUGCCUUUUGGCAUUAAAUUCGCACAAGAGGUUUUCCAGAAGAGAAUUUUGCAACAUUUUGAUGAUCUCGAAGGCGUAGCCACUGACAUUGAUGAUAUACUCAUUUGGGGAUCGGAUGAACAGGAGCAUGACGCACGAUUAGAAGCCACCCUACAACGUUGUGAAGAAAUAAAUCUUACUUUAAAUUUAGACAAGUGCAAGUUCAAGAUGAACGAAGUAUCGUAUUGUGGUCACAUCUUCACGAAAGAUGGAGUGAAACCUGAUGAAUCGAAGAUUAAAGCAAUUCAAGAGAUGCCGACACACGUCGAAGAAGGAGAUUGA